GGCGCGCAGCUUGCACGAAGAAAGCAGCAGACGCAUGGAGUGCACACUCAACUCAUGACAGCUGAGCAGCACGGACGGUACAAGCUGCCAAUAUAUUUCAUUUUUACAUCUCUAAUCAAAACAAUUGGAUUACUGUACUGAAGUCAUGCUCCCUUAUUUUUCCCGCCUGUUUUUUCGUGGAGUUUUGCUAUUUUUUUCACUAUUAUGCGAAGCUGCUGCUUUUAACUUGGAUUUGGAGAAGCCAACGGUUUACAGUGGACCAGAGGAAAGUUAUUUUGGAUACUCACUUGACUUUUUCCACCCGACACAGGACAGAAACACCAUGUCGGUGCUGGUUGGGGCUCCUAAAGCGAACACCUCUCAACCAGGAAUUGUGGAGGGUGGAGCGGUGUACUACUGCCCCUGGCCGGCAUCAGACCCAGGCUCCUGCCACCAGAUUCCCUUUGAUAAAGCAAAUAACAGGAUGAUUAAAGUGAACGGGACACGGGAGCCUCUGGAGUUUAAAUCUCAUCAGUGGUUUGGAGCCACAGUCAGGACCCACAAAGGCAAAGUGGUGGCCUGUGCUCCACUCUAUCACUGGAGGACAGUGAAGGAAAGCAGUGAGAUGGAUCCGGUGGGAACAUGUUAUGUGGCUGUGCAGAACUUUAGUGCCUAUGCUGAAUAUUCACCUUGUAGAAGCAAUAACCCGGACCCCGAGGGCCAGGGCUUCUGCCAAGCGGGCUUCAGUGUUGACUUCACUAAGGAAGGGACGCUGGUUGUGGGAGGACCAGGGAGUUUCUACUGGCAAGGUCAAGUGAUCACUGCUGGAGUUGCAGAGAUAUUGAAUGGUUAUUCGCUGAAAGCCAUCCUGCGCAAAGUUCAAGGAGAGAAACAGACGGUAGCAGCCUCAGACACAUAUGAUGACAGUUACCUAGGGUACUCUGUAGCAGUUGGAGAGUUCACAGGAGACUCAGAACAAGAACUGGUAGCAGGAGUACCUCGAGGAGCACAUAACUUUGGUUAUGUGGCUGUCAUCAAUGCAACAAAUCUGACGUUUAUUCAGAAUUUCACAGGGGAGCAGAUGGCCUCAUAUUUUGGAUACACUGUUGCUGUGACCGAUCUAAAUGGAGAUGGGCUAGACGACGUGCUGGUUGGAGCCCCACUCUACAUGGAUCGAGAGUUUGAAAGUAAACCUCGUGAGGUGGGCCGUGUGUACUUAUACCUGCAAGAGGACUCCAUAAUCUUCUCCUCUCCCAUCACACUCACUGGAACACACCUGUUCGGUCGCUACGGAAGUGCCAUCGCCCCUCUCGGAGAUAUCAACCAGGAUGGGUACUUGGACGUGGCAAUUGGAGCUCCGUUUGCAGGUGAAGAUCGCAGUGGUCGGGUUUUCAUCUAUAAUGGUCAUAAAUCUGGGCUGAUGCUGCAGGCUUCCCAAGUGUUGAGAGGUGAAUGGGGAUCAUCCGCCAUCCCAGCAGGCUUUGGAUUCACCCUGCGCGGAGACUCCGACUUAGACAACAACCAGUAUCCUGAUUUGCUGGUUGGUGCAUUUGGAGUGAGUAAAGUUGUUGCCUACAGGGCAAGACCAGUGGUAACCGUAGAUGCUCAGCUGAUUUUGACACCCAGAAUUCUCAAUCCCGAAAACAAGUCCUGCCACAUGCCCAAUACUGAUGACAUGAUUACUUGUCUAUCAGUAAAUGUGUGUGCUAAAAUAUCUGGUAUAGGAAUCCCUGAUUCUGUAGCUCUGAGAAUGGACCUGCAGUUGGAUUGGCUGAAGCAGCAUGGAGCAGUCAAGAGAAUAUUGUUUAUGGACUCUAACCAGCACCACAAAACCCAAAAUUUAUUGCUGGGUCAGGGGGACCACCAACAUUGCCACAACUACUCAAUUUACCUGCGGGAUGAGGGGGAGUUCAGGGAUAAAUUGAGUCCCAUCAGUGUGGCACUGAACUACAGUCUGGAUCUGAACUCCUCCCCUUCUGGAUUACAGCUGCGGCCUAUUUUAGACCACUAUAGCAAGACCUUCCACCAUGAGCAGGCAAACAUCCUGUUGGACUGUGGGGAAGACAACAUGUGCAUCCCAGAUCUCAAACUUUCUGCUACAAUGGAUCAAACAGAACUUAUAAUUGGGGAUGACAACUUGCUUAUGUUGACCAUUAAUGCAGCCAAUCAAGGUGAGGGAGCGUACGAGGCGGAGCUUCACGUGAUCCUCCCACCAGAGGCGGACUAUAUUGGUGUGGAGCGCAGACGUGAGGAUCUUCAGCGGCUGUACUGUGAGCACCGGACAGAGAAUGAGACCAGAGUUGUGGUGUGUGACCUGGGAAACCCAAUGGUGGCUGACACAAAUUUGUCGGUUGGUUUACGUUUUUCAGUACAAAGGCUGGAAGAUGCCCCCGCUACAAUUGGCUUUGCGUUGCAGAUACACAGCUCCAAUAAGGACAACUCGAAAAGCAUCCCAGUGAAUUUAACUGUGAGCAUCACAGCAAAAGCAGAGGUGGAGAUCAGAGGUGUGUCUCAUCCAGCUCAGGUUGUUCUGCCUUUCCCUCGAUGGAACCCUAAAGAGAAACCUGUAAGAGAAGAUGACGUUGGCCCUCAGGUCCAACACAUAUAUGAGUUACAUAAUAAGGGUCCAAGUUCAAUAAGCAGGACUGUGUUACAGUUGGGCUGGCCCAGUCAGUACCGUGAAGAACAUCUCCUCUAUGCCCUUCAGAUUAUCACUGAUGGGCCUGUUCACUGUAGAGUCAAUGGUUCUCUCAACCCGCUGAAGUUAGAGACCUCGACUUUACAUGACACUCCUGAGUUAUUGGGCUUCUUGAGGAACAGCAGUGGUCCGACUCGCCAUAGACGAUCUGUUACUACAGCCCAGAGCUACAGCAGCAAAACACUGAACUGCUCUAACAUUGAUUGCCUGAUGGUGGAGUGCUUAGUAGAUCGGUUGGAUCGAGGGCAAAGUGCAGUAAUCAAGGUUCGAUCUCGACUCUGGGCUCACACUUUCUUGCAGAGACGGAAUGACCACUACACGCUAAACUCUACAGUGUCCUUCCGAGUGAUGACCAUGCCUUACCGGAUCAAUGCCCAUACACUCCCACAACAGAGCAAAUCAGUUGGUACGUUUGUGGUGUGGGCGAUUCCUGAUCUUUCCUUUGCUAUACCCUUGUGGGUCAUUAUUCUGGCUAUACUGCUGGGACUGCUGGUGCUGGCUGUGCUAAGCCUAGCAAUGUGGAAGUGUGGCUUCUUCGAUCGGGCGCGGCCACCGAAAGACAAUGAUGUGUCGGAUCGGGAGCAGCUGACGGCAGAAAAAUCUACAGAAGCAUGAGAGCAAAAAAGAUGAAGAACAAGAAUAAAGUGGACAUGGUAUGAAUUGCCAUGAAAAUAGUGGUGGAGCGACAUCCGAGUGUUUUGGGAUUUUUGUAGAAGUCUACAGAUCCAAACCUCUAAAUAAACUACAGCUUCCACACUGCACUGCGAUCUGUGAGCUGGGCCACAGUACCACUCAGAAACAUUUAUAAAGCUUUAUUUAAAAUAGAGAAAGAGCAAGAACUAAAAACUUUACAUUCUUAUAGAGUGCAAUGUCAGGAGGAUCCAACGAGCAAUACAAUCCCAUUGUUAAGGACACCAGGUUCCCUUACUACAAUUCACUGUCUGACGAUCAACUACAAUGACUUCCUGGUAGGCGCGGCUGCAAUGAAACACAGUGAUAAUAUCUGAUUAAAUAUUGUUAAACAUUAUUAGAAGCAUUUUUUCAAUGGAAAUGUCUAUAUUAUCUGACUUAUAUCACUGUAUUAGGUGUCUUGAAACAUCUUACGUGUUUCUGUAACAGCACUAGACUCUGUUUGUCAAUCAUUUUGCGCAUGCACAGGACAGCUUACAGCACCUUUAAGAUCAUAUGAUCUCAGUCGUCAGCUCAGCACAAUGUCUGAAUCAUUCCACAAUACACAUCACAUUCUUAACUGAACCCUUCAAAAACAUUCUAUAAGUACACCUAGAAUUUCACAUUAUGCAUUGUCAAAAAAGUCAAAAGAUAACUGAAUAUUACAGAUAAGUAUGGGACUUUGAAAAUGAUUAAGGUGUAGUGAUAAAUUCUGUGGUCUGUGGCAGACUAAAAUAUUAAAAUGUAUGUAAUCUUACAUAUUGAAGUUUGUAAAAUAAUUGCUCGGUAAGUUGAUGCAAAUACAAUUAGGACGGGGUGAGUGUGACUAGAUAUAAAUAAUGUGUGCAAUAUUGGGAUAUUUGUAUAGUUAAUUCGUGUGUACACUGGCUCCAAAAAACCUGAAGUUCAGGUUGUUUUGUAUAUAAAGUUUAAAAAAAAAAAGAAACUUAUAUGUAAAGGGCUGACAUUGAUUUAUUUUUAUUUUUUUCCAGACUAAAGUAGGGAACAAAAUAUUUUGUCUUUAAGCACUCUGAAUGCAUAGCUAGUAAUGCAGUAGGACAACUUAUUUUAUCGGUUGGGAAUUCAUAUCCUUUCAGGCUGCUGCUCUAAAAUGUAGCAUUCAGAAUGUGUAAAUGAAAAAAAACAUUUUUUGUUUUUGUUGUUUUUUGUUUUUGUUGCUGGUUUCAUAUUAAUUUUACCACAACCAAUGGCUUUCAAUAUACACAGUAUGGACUUAUGUAUAUAAAAACUACUUUAAAAUAAUCUUGAAGUCAUUACAAAACCACAUCUUGUCAUAUUUUCUGUUUUGAAAGGACAUGAUCAGUGUUUCAGUCCAUGAAUGAUGUGUUGUGAUGUGCACCCAUGUCUAUUUUAAGUUUACACAGACCUGAAAU